CAUGCUCUACAGGAAUAAAUGGGAGCAGGAGAUUAGGACGAAAAGACGAUGAUUUUUGUUUCUAGUAUAUAAAUUCGCAUUUUUUCAGGAUAUUUAAAUAAAUUUAAAAAUGCGGAUUGCGGUAAUUGGUGCUGGGUCAGCAGGCCUCGCUGCCCUCAGACAUUGCAGUGAACUAAAAAAUCAGGAUGGAUCUGCCAUGACAGUUGUUUGUUAUGAAAAAACAGAUCAAGUCGGAGGAACUUGGGUUUAUGUCCCAGAUGUUGGAGUGGAUCGUUUUGGUUUGCCAAUCCACUCCAGCAUGUAUCAAAAUCUCAGGACAAAUCUUCCAAAGGAGGUAAUGGGUUACCCAGACUAUCCACAUGCUGAAAAUCCAAAGAGUUACUUAACACGUUCUGAGAUCCUCGAAUUUCUCAAUUCUUAUUGCGAUCAUUUUCAGCUAAGAAAAUUAAUUUCUUUCCUUCAUCACGUAGAAUUGAUAGAGCCACUUUCGGUAUCUCAACCGGAAACGACUGCCGAAGAACAAAAAAACGCAAAUGAAAACCGCUACCGGCAGAAGUGGAAAAUCAGAGUGAAAGAUUUAGAAAAACAAUCUGUAAGCGAGGAAAUAUUUGAUGCCGUGAUGGUUUGUAACGGACAUUACUUCAAACCAAGCAUUCCAAAAAUCAAGGGCGAUGAGAAUUUUCAGGGUCAAAAAAUACAUAGCCACGAUUAUAGAGUUCCUGAUAUUUUUAAAGACAAAUCUGUUGUUGUUAUUGGCGCCGGUCCAUCAGGUAUGGAUUUGGCAUUAGAAAUAUCUUCUACUGCGAAAAAAGUAAUUCUCAGUCACCAUUUGAAGGACCCUAUCCUUACAAAGUUUCCUGACAAUGUUAUCCAGAAACCGGAUGUUCUCGAAUUCGGCGACGACAAAGCAAUUUUCAAGGACUAUUCUGAAGAAAAAAUUGAUGCCAUAUUUUAUUGCACUGGCUACAAAUACAGCUUUCCGUUUUUAUCUGAAAGUUGUGGAGUACGAGUCGAUUCUAAUAUGGUGACACCUUUAUGGAAACAUUUAAUUUCUAUAGAAAAUCCAACUUUAGCCCUUGUAGGUCUUCCAUUUUAUGUUUGCGCCUUCAGCAUGUUUGAUUUACAGGUUCGUUUCACUUUGAAAUUCUGGAAAGAAGAGAAGCAAUUUCCAUCGAAGGAAGAUAUGUUGGCUGAUGAACUUCAAGAAAAAGACAGAAGAAUCAGUCUUGGAUUAUCAAAAAGACAAUUCCAUAUGAUGGGACCUGAACAAAUUCAUUAUUACGACGAUUUAGCAAAUACUGCAGAAAUAGUACCUUUACCUCCCGUUCUUACCAAACUUCAUAACGACAGUAGUACUCGAUUUUUGGAUGAUUUGGUGCAUUAUCGGCAAGACAGAUAUAAAAUUUUAGAUGAUGAGAAUUUCAUACAACUUGAAAGUCUACCGACAUUGACUGAAAAAUAAUUAGAAAACUAAUACGG